AUGCUGUCAGAUUGCUUGCUGAAUAACUUCAGGAUAACGUCGCAAAUAGGGUCGGGUGCGUAUGGGCUGGUGUUCCAUGUGGUGGACAUACUGACCAGCCGUGAGUAUGCCGUGAAGACAGUUUUCAAGUCUUCCUCGAUGGACGAGUUUUACAACAAGAACGGCAUGAACAACAACUCGCAAGUGGCCAGGACUACUCUUCUUCAGACACAACUGUAUCAUUUUUUCAAGAGUUUCCAAAAGAAACUGUUCCUACCUUCAGUCGACUUAGAUUCGAUACUGCAGUUGACAGAAAACGAACUAAACAGAUUACCACACUACAGGGAGAUUGCUUUCCAACUGAAAGUUCAGUCUCAUGCAAACAUCGUGAAGAUCCAUCAAGUGUUAGAAUCUUCUAUCGCCACUUUCAUCGUAAUGGAUUAUUACGAUAGAGAUCUUUUCACUUCGAUAGUAGAUCAUAAGCAUUUCAUCAACGAUGGCGUUUUGAUCAAAAAGGUCUUUCUACAGCUUUGCUCCGCAUUAGACCAUUGCCACCGUCUCGGUAUAUACCAUUGCGACAUCAAACCAGAAAACGUAUUACUAGAUCGUAACGAUAAUGCCUACUUAUGUGAUUUUGGUCUUUCGACUAAAUCCAAAUAUCUCGCUCCAAAUGUGUGCGUUGGCAGUUCGUACUACAUGGCUCCAGAAAGAAUAUUAUACUGCCUGAAUACUACCACCAACGGCAUCCACGUCGACGAAUGCUGUUCAAGCCUCCCCACGGACACAGGGGACAUUUGGUCUCUAGGUAUCAUUCUGAUCAACCUAACCUGUAUCAGAAACCCAUGGUUGAAGGCUCACCAAAAGGAUGAUAACACAUUUCAUCAUUUUGCGAACAAUAACCACGUCUUAAAGAAAAUUCUUCCUAUAUCGGACGAUUUGUUUACAGUGUUGGCAAAGGUUUUGCAACUGAACCCAUAUACAAGAAUCGAUAUGAAAACUUUAAUGUCUGAAGUUUCUUCUUUGACUUCGUUCACCAAAGAGGGCCCUUUGUCUCAAGUUCCAGCCCUAUCGGACGAAGUGUAUAUGACACAUAUCCUAAGAAAUGAAAACCUAUAUUUUGACGAAAUACCACAUCUUGCCGUUGACCAAGAACAAGACCAACAACAGCCGCAAGAACAAGAAGAAGCCGAGCCGGAAAGUGAUAUUCCAUCGACUUAUAAUAGUGAUGGAAGUAUGGAGAAAUAUGACUAUACCAACAAUAAUAACAACAACACGUUUUUAAGUUCGUCGAUGGACAGUACACCUUACCAAUCCGAUAUCGAUGAUAUUGGUGCUUCCAAAGAUUGUAAAUUCCAACAAGAUACUCUGAGAAAUAGACUAUUGUGCCUACAAAUGAAUUUUUCCACUUUAACGGACGGUCCAAACGAGAAAUGGUUACCAGAAUAUUGA